AUGCCCGCGGGCGCGGUCGCCUCACAACGCCGCGAAGCUCAGGCGGGGCUGCUCGUACCGAUUCUCCGCCUCCGACAGGGACAGCCGAGAAGGGCUCCAAGUAACGCAGCCCUGUUUCAUUUUCCACCACUGACCUGUCAGCCUGGAAGAACAAUUCACCUUGCUCCUCUAGAGGAUGAUAYUGUCAAUGAAAGCAGCAACAUCAGAAAUAUUUUAAAUAUUAUGAACUCUAUUCCUCAGCCUAUAAAACCAGUUACUAAAUUUUAUCAGUAUCAGUUAGACAACCUAUUAAAAAGGCACAGUGAAAAGUCAUCAGAAUUGAUCAUGGCUACAAUUUCUGGUAAGUUCACUCCAGUGAAAGAUUACUACUACUUCAGCAUGAAUAAUUGUGAUAAAUGCCCCAACCACAAGAAARAAGAAAUCCAAAGCCAUUGAAGAUGGAGGGAAGCUGAUGUAGCUGUCCACACUGAGAAGAAUGAGCAGGUGAAGUUCCAGUGUUCAAUAGUUUGUAAGAACAUUGAUUUUAUGACCCAAGCCAGGUUCUGUGAUGAAAGCCAUUCCUUUUUGAGCUCAAGCAAUGCUCUGGUGAACUGUGGCAUGUUUACAGCUCAGACAACAUUAACACUGUCAAGCAACAGUGAGGCCUCAAGAGCUGGCAAUAAGCAAAACAGAGCAGAGAAUUGCUGGAGCACCGGUCUGGAAGAAGGAAAUGCUACAGAGAUGAUACCAGAUUACAGACCMCAUGAAGAUGCUGAGAGUGCCAACUUUGUGCUUUACAAUCAUGAUUUAGAUUUUUCCUCUAAAAAUGAAGUGAUAGAGGCCCACCAAGCCUUAGAAGAUAAUUCUGUAGAGGCAGUAAUUCCCAGAGUAGAUGUUCAAGAUCCCUUUGGAAAACAGUCAGAAAAUCAUAUCUGUCUCUCUGAAUCUGAAACAGAAAAAGAAGCAAUGUCAGAGGCAACUUCAAAAGACCAAAGUGAGCUUGUACCUGUUGUUCAUGUUACACUAUCUGAACAAGAGCCAGCCAGGGAACCACACACUGAUGAAUCUGACACAAAAAAGGGUGGUGUCUGUAUGCCUCCUCAUGGUACUCAGAGCUUCAGUGUUCUUGCUCACAAAGAAAAUGAUAAAAAUAAAAUAAAGAUGAAUAGAAAUAAAUAUUCAUCAAAGUCUAAAAUUAAUAACAAGAUAAAGAUACCUGAAGACUUAAUUGCUUCUGAUGAGGUUACCACAAAAUAUAAUGCCAAGAGUCAGAUUUUUCCAUCUUUGGAACUGACAAAAGUGAAAUCUGAAACUUCCAUGAAGUAUCAGAAAAAAAACACUCGAGGAGACAAAGGCCAUGUUGCUCAGAGUGCUCAGAAACUUAAGAAGAAAAGUUGCUCCUGCAGUUACAAAAAUUCAGCUGUCUUAAAGAAACAUGUUACUCCAUUUUCUCUGCCUCACGCACCAUCUGCUUCAGAUUUUGUAGAUCUGAAAUACAGUGACAUGUUCAAAAUAAUAAAUUCAAAUGACCAAGGCCCAGGUAUUUAUGAAAUGUUUGGAACUCCCGUCUAUUCCAGCAUGCGAGACCUUGAUCAACAUGAGAGCAGGUUUUAUAACGGUGUUUAUUCUUCUCCAUCAAGGAGAUGCACCUGCAGAUCUACCUGCAGUAAAGGGGGAGAAAGCAGCAGAGUCAGAAGCACUCAAAAGAAAACACAUUCCAAGCCAAAGCAGACUGUACCUGGCACUAAACAAAAGCAGAAAGUUUUAAUCACAAAGAACAGAAGGACCAAGUUGAGUGACAGAAACAAAGAGCAAGAUAAUGUAACAGCUUCUGAGUUGGAUUUUCAAACAAGCUUCUCAAGUAGCACAACAUUGUUUCAUGAAGAUACCGACCAUCAGCUUACAUUUUUAGAGGAGCUUUCACAGUCAACUAAGCAAAAUGAAAUUUUUUCAAAUUCAAACCUAUCAACUAUUAAAGAAGUUUCUUUGGAGCAGUUGUUAGACAGCCAGGAUAUAUCCAACCAUCAGAGAGCUUCUACCUGCAGCCAGGAUCUCCUUCAGUUCAAUGACAAAAACUGCAGAGAAUGUAUUGCUCCAAGUGGCAGUCUGGUAACAGCAGAGCAGAACAUCUGUGUGCCCCUGUGCACGGGGGAUGUGGGUGCUGGAAAAGGCUGGGAAUCAGACCAGGCCUCCUUCAAAUCUGACAAUAAAUGUGAAUCACCUUUUUCUGAGAGACUGGAAUGUCAAUCCCCUACAAAAAUAUUAGAUCAGAGUUGGGCAAGCACCCCUCAAAACAGUGGUUUGGCAAAUGAAUUGACUCAAUCUUCAGUGAUUUGGACAAAAAAUACCAAAAGCCCCAGAUCCCAGACAAGUCAAAAUAUUUUUUCCUGGUCAGAUACUAAAGAUGUGACUGAUGAGUUGCUUUGCUGUCUAGCCAAAGAAUUGCUAAUGCUUGAAGAAAAAGACUCCUCAAGAACAAAAAAUACMUGUUCUAAAAUGCAAAACACACAUACUGAAGAGGAGGAAAAUACAAUGAAUGGAGAUGGAGCAAUAAUAAAUAGUGCUCUAGAGAAGCAGAGUUACAGUAAAGCCUUUUUGGCUUCAAAUGAAGAAAGUGGCCUUCUAAACUUUGAGGAAGCUACUAAAUUACCAGGAAGCAGUUUAACUAACAAAGAUCCUAUCAUGUGGACAAGAGGAGAAGUCCUUGGAAAGGGAGCCUAUGGCACGGUGUACUGUGGUCUGACAAGCCAGGGACAGUUAAUAGCUGUAAAACAGGUUGUUUUGGAUCCAUCAGAUCAACUCACUACAGAAAAGGAGUAUCAAAAGUUUCAUGAAGAAGUCGAUCUUUUGAAGACAUUGAAGCAUAUCAAUAUUGUAACUUAYUUAGGAACUUGCCUGGAAGACAACAUUUUAAGCAUUUUCAUGGAGUUUGUUCCUGGUGGCUCCAUUUCCAGUAUUCUGAAUCGCUUUGGUCCUUUGCCAGAAGUUGUCCUUUGUAAAUACACCAAGCAAAUUYUACAGGGCGUUGCAUAUUUACAUGACAACUGUGUGGUCCACAGAGACAUCAAAGGCAAUAAYGUGAUGCUCAUGCCCAACGGGGUAAUAAAGCUGAUUGACUUUGGCUGUGCCAGGCGCCUGGCCUGGGCCAGCCUCAGCGGCACCCGCAGCGAGCUGCUCAGGUCUGUGCAUGGCACUCCCUACUGGAUGGCUCCAGAGGUUAUCAACGAGUCUGGCUAUGGCAGGAAAUCAGACAUCUGGAGCGUUGGCUGCACCGUGUUUGAGAUGGCAACAGGCAAACCCCCUCUGGCUGCCAUGGACAGGGUAGCAGCCAUGUUCUACAUCGGGGCCCACAGGGGGCUGAUGCCUUCCCUGCCCGAUCGCUUCUCCAGUGCUGCAGUGGAGUUUGUGCAYGCCUGCUUAACCAGAAAUCAACAUGAACGACCUUCUGCUCUGCAAUUGCUGGACCAUCCGUUUGUGAAAGGAAGACAGUGAAUUUUUCAAAACUCUUGCCAAAUGAAUACACAUUUUCCAUGGAAAAGAUUUUCACUUGUGCAAAAACGGCCAGAAGAAACGGGGCUUUAAARGGGCAGCAGAAAUACUGGAGAGCAGCUGUGUAUGAGAAGUUUGUUAUC